AUGCGUUGCUUGCGGGUCGCAGCGCGGUGCUGGUUGAACGGCGGCGGGAACGGGAACGGCCCCAGAGUCGCCCUCAGGCGGGUCGCCAGCGCGGCGGCGGCGGCUCCGCCUGUCCCUCCUGCCCGUACCCCCACCCCCGGCUCGGCGCCGCCCGUCAGGGGCAGCGGCACCGGGUUGGCCGCCGGGCCCGACCAUUUUGUUCGCAACGCCACCGAGGAGGAGAGGGAGGAGGAGGGGGACAGAGGCCGGGCCUCGAGCCCCGAGGAUCCCCCGCCCUAUCUCGGCCGCCUGGACCCGGCCCUGGGCUCCGGCAGGAAAGUGUACUUCGAAACCUAUGGGUGUCAGAUGAAUGUUAAUGACACUGACAUUGCUUGGUCCAUUCUCCGAGAUAAUGGCUACAUGAGAACAAACAGCUCCACGGAGGCAGAUGUAAUUUUGCUGGUAACAUGUUCAAUCAGGGAAAAAGCUGAGCAGACCAUUUGGAACAGGCUGAAGCACUUUGUGACUCUAAAAGACAAACGGACAAAGUCCCAAGUUCCACUUAAAAUAGGAAUUUUAGGAUGUAUGGCUGAGAGACUGAAAGAGGAGAUCCUGGAAAGGGAGAAACUCGUAGAUGUACUGGCUGGGCCCGAUUCAUACCGUGAUCUUCCAAGACUCCUGACUGUAGCUGAAGCUGGUCAAAAGGCUGUGAAUGUUUUACUGUCAUUGGAUGAGACUUAUGCAGAUGUCAUGCCAGUUCAAGUCAACUCAAAGACUAAGUCUGCUUUUGUCUCCAUAAUGCGGGGAUGCAACAAUAUGUGCAGCUAUUGUAUCGUUCCGUUCACUCGUGGGCGUGAAAGAAGCAGGCCAGUUUCUUCCAUUUUAGAGGAAGUAAGGGUGCUUUCAGAUCAGGGAGUGAAGGAGGUAACGUUACUGGGGCAGAAUGUCAACAGCUACUGUGAUACCUCUGAAGUCCAAUUUCACACAAAAGAACCUACUCAUCUGAGCCGUGGGUUUCGUACCAUAUACAAAAGCAAACUUGGAGGCUUACGUUUUGCUGAUUUGUUGGAUCAGGUUUCCACAAUCAAUCCAGAGAUGAGAAUCCGUUUUACGUCUCCUCAUCCCAAAGAUUUCCCAGAUGAGGUUUUACAUGUUAUCGAAGACAGGGACAACAUUUGUAAACUCCUCCAUUUGCCAGUACAGAGUGGCAGUUCACAGGUUCUCAAAGCAAUGAGAAGAGGAUAUACCAGAGAAUCAUACUUAGAACUUGUUGAGCGCGUACAUAGAAUAAUCCCAGGUGUAUGCUUAAGUAGUGACUUCAUCGCUGGAUUUUGUGGGGAGACUGAAGAUGAUCAUUUGCAAACGAUAUCUGUUCUUAGACUGGUUCAAUAUAACAUAGGAUUUCUGUUUGCCUACAGCAUGAGAAAGAAAACUCAUGCACAUCAUAGGUUGCAGGACGAUGUACCUGCAGCAGUUAAGCAGAGGCGUUUGCAAGAACUUAUCAGUGUUUUCCGAGAAGAAGCAGCUAAAAUCAACUCAGAACUUAUUGGGAGUAAGCAACUCGUGUUAGUGGAAGGGUUUAGUAAGAAGUCCGAGCAGGAACUUUGCGGAAGGAAUGAUGGUAACACUAAAGUAAUAUUUCCCAAUGUUGAUACAGCAUGUAACCAAUCAUCUGGCCAGCUUGCUCCUGUCAAACCUGGAGAUUAUGUAUUAGUGCAAAUAACAGCUGCUAAUUCUCAAAGUUUAAAGGGAAUUCCUGUCUGUCAUACCACACUGAAGAAUUCAGCAAGAUUGAUCUCAACACAGCAAUUGCAGUAAACUGCUAGCAGUGGACAAGAAUAGACAUUGAUGGCUAGGUGAAACAGGUGAAUCAGAUUUGUAUAAUGUCAUUUCAGUUCCUGAGACUGCAGGUGAAGGAAAAUAUGUGCUAAUAUCCAAUUUUGUGUAAAUCUUAACUUAUUUUCUGAAAUAAGUAGAAAAAAUAUUGUUUGAGCAACAGCAAAUUCAUUAGAAACAUUAAUGAGGAUUAAAAGUAAACCUCAAAAGAACAGUUCAAUACUGCAUGAAUGUUUACCUGUACAAUAAAACAAUUAAAGCAGAUUCAUGUAUUUAUUGGUUAA